CUGAACUGUCGUUACUCGUGUUGACAGGCUGGUGGCGAGCCUGGUGGUGGCGAACCUCUUGCUGACCCUGGUCGUGGUGCCCCUCAUCCUGGUCGACAUGAUGGACUGGGACGCCAUGCCGGACCUGGCCUGCCACGGCCUCAACGGCCUCAUGUUCAUGCUGGCCGCCACUUCCGUCCUCUGCUCCCUGUCCAUCCACGUGGACAGGUACUUGGCCAUCCUGGACCCGUUGCGCUACCGGCGUCGGGUGACGCGCCACAAGGCCAACGCCACAAUCGCCGCCACGUGGCUCGCGGCGGCGCUCCUGUCCCUGCUCGACGUCUUCGUGGCGCCCGUGGACUGGGACUGGAACGUGUGCGCCUCGGCCCUCGGCAACGACCCCAUCCCGAAUGUCAGCUGGACCAUCCAGGGGGCCUAUGUGUUCUUCGUGCUCGUGGCGUUGUUCGUGGUGCCUGUGGUGGCCCAGACCUGGAUCUACUGGAGGAUCUACUCGGCUGCCAAGAAGAACAGCGAGCGGACGAGGAGGAGCUCGUCCAGCGCCACGCCCAACUCUUCAUCACCCUCGACACCGUACCCAGAGUCCCUUCAAGGGGAUUGUCCACUGGUGAGCGGGAAUUACCAGCUGCCACCUGCGGCCACCCUGUCCCGCACCAACUCCUUCGCCCAGUUCGUGCUCCACCGCCUGAGCAGCGCCCACCAGCACCUGCACCUGCACCAGCAGCAGCAGCAGGGGGGCGGCGUGACGGCGGCUGCCGUGGCCGCCGCCACCCACCAGCACCAUCUGCCGCAGCACAAGGAAGAGGACCGGACGGCCGCCUUCUCGCUGGCCAUCAUGCUCACCUCGCUCCUGUGCUGGACGCCGUUCUUCGUGCACAUCGUGUUGGAGUGGCUGUGGUUCGAGGAGAGCCCCGAGUGGUUCCACAGACUCAGCAUCUUCUCCAUGCUGGGCUUCACCGCAGUGUCGCCCGUGCUCUACGGGUUCCACAGUCGCCGCACCCGCCGGGAACUGGUGCACCUCUUCAAGCGGGACUCGCCUCGUUACAGGCUGGACUCGAUGGACAGGCCACAAAGGCGGCUGUGCAUCCAGAAGCUGCAAGUGACGAAGCUCGAGUGGCAGCCCCAGGGCGGCUCGGACGUGGAAGCCGGGGUCGUGGACGCCAUGACAGCGGCAGCCGCCGCCGCCGUCGGCGGGGACGCCAUGGCGGGCCUCAAGCAAUCCUCGUCCCUCUUGUGCACCCCCAGCGAGGCUGUGAUCCCCGAAGAAGACGGCGACGACGUGUGUUGCGGGGCAGUGGUGGUGGUGGCUGCGGCCGCCGCGGCAGCAGCGGCGGCUGCAGCUGCUGCAGCGUCGGGAUCCGUGGCGCCGGCGUCGUCGCCAGCUGCAGCCGCCGCCGCCGCUGCUGUCGUGCGACACUGGGGACGAGGGUCCGUGUCGAGUGGGUCGUCCCACGCCAGUGAUUUCAGCACUGCAUCAGGGCUGACGUGUCUAACUGACUGGUGAUGAAGAACUGCGAGAUCGAGAUGAUGCUCAUCAAAUCAUCAAUCAAUCAAUCAAUCGAUCAAUCAUCUGGUCUCUGUGAGAUCGACGACGGAACCAGCAGCAUGAAAUGGGAGGAAUCGUCGGCCGUGUGUUCUUCUUGUUCUUCGUCUUCGUCUUCCUCGUGUCUACUUGCCUGCCUUUGGACACUAUACUUCAGUUCAAUGAGUCACGACUUCUCCUCUCACGAAAGGCCGUCCAAAUGGUCCUUUUGUUCUUCUUCAUCUUCAUCUUCUGCUCGUGGGACCAGAGACGAACAGCAAAACAAAGCAAAAAGGAGAAGCCGUCAUGAAGACGACCACACUUUUCUACCAUCAUGGAGACAGACUGUGUUGAUGAAGCAUCUGCCGCCAUCGCCACAUUCACCACCAUGUGAAAGUACAAGGAAGCACUGACGUCUCGUGUGGUAGUCCAGAGUUCAAAAAUGCCAUGGAUGGCAACACGACGUUGACUUCGUGCUCGUUUAUGUGGGAAUCCAAGAGCCAUCAGCUAACUUUUUGAGACCGGACAUCCGAGUUGGGAAGCGCUCCUGAAGCAAUCCUCGUUAUAUUCACAAGACGCUUUCUUGUAAAUGGACCAAGUCUCGAGUCUGGUGUAUUUUUCCUCGCUCCACACUCUCGUCCAUCCGAGCUGAAUCAAGUACAAGGAAGAAAGGAAUUUUUUCUGUUGUUGCUGCACCGAAAAGCUUAUUCUGAUGAAAUUCAAGAAAGAAAGAGAGAGAGAGAGGAACCAUUACCAAUAAGGCUGUCAUUUGUGGAGCAAGUACCUGAAGCGAGUUCGCCAUUGUGAACUGUUCGGUUUGUGUGUUUUUUUUUCAAUUUCCUUUCGUGGAGAAGCUCUGCUUAUUGCUUUGCGAAAAAGCCAGCUGAGCCGUCGAAUAAGGAGAAAAAAGAAGUCAUUUGCAUACCACACAUCUCGACGAGGCUUCCAUAAAAUCAUCAUCAUCAUCAUCUUCCACACGCAGUCAGUCGCUGCAAUGUGAUGAAUGCAGGCGUUCUUCAUCCAUUCGAACCCCCGAGACAAAGAAAGUACCUGAAAUCGGAGGAUGGAGACGACGACGACGACGACCGACAAGGACUUUUGCAUUUUUGUUUUUGUUUUGGCUCACCCUAUAUGCCCCGAAAAUAUGGCGUUGAAAUAUCAAGUCCUCACGAUGAACGUGGCUGUUUAAAAUGUCUGAGGACUGUGACCAGGAGUCGCGAUCAAAGAGCGAAACCCCCGGGCUUGUGCUCAUCAGCAUCAUCAAUCAUCAUCAUCAGCAUCAACAGGAAUCUCGGAAGAAAAAAAAAACCCGCUCUUUGAAGACACAUCAUUGUUUUGUACUUUGUCGCCGUUAGUCGCCAAGGAUUGUUCGUCAGUAGUGAGGUUUUUUGUUUGUGGCUGGCUCUGAAUGUGCUCGUCAACCGCCUUGAAAACCACCAGCGUCCAUCAAAAAAAAAAAAAAAAAAAAAAAAGAUGUGCUGCUGCAGUUUCUGCUCCUCUGCUGGACGACCUUGGCUUUACCAGGUGAUGUUUACCAACUUAUUGAAGAGGCUGAUCAUCUCCCUUUUUUUUGUAUCGUGACUGCAUUUGUUUUGCGAGGAAAUCUGCGACGUUCGAAGCAUAGUGCAGAAGAUUCGACCGUGAUCUGUUGACAUUUUGCAAAAUUGUUCUACUCUUGUCUAGUUCUGAAUUUUCGCGACGGCGAAAGGGACUAAUGAGUCUUGCUGAAAUUUGCCUCAUCAUUUCGAGGAAAAGGUUUAUGUUUUCUUUGAAGGUAGAUUAUAAGAACCGCAAUUGUUUUUGUAACUUUUGAGACGUGGAAGAAAAAAAAGAUUUUUCAUAUACAGUAGAAGUUCCGUGAACGAUCGAGGCAGUAGGGGUUUUUUUCCAACUUUAUUCUACCGCAUUUUCAUUUUCGUCGCGUAAUAGUCUCAGUUUCACGAACUGGUGUGUACCGUCCGUAUUAUUUUUUUUUUACUCAUCGUGUGAAUUUCGGAAGUCGGCGGAAAAGACAAAAGAAAGAUUGUUGUUAACUGCAGGACCACAGACCAGGAAAAGUGAAGGACAUUGAUUGUGAUGAAGGCAAAGCGCGUUUUUGACAGCCCACUUGCUUCGGACCGUUUUUGUUGGUGGCAUCGGCUGCAUAUUAUUUUGUUCGUGUCCUCUUGCCCGAAUAGUCAUCUUUGUAACGCUGGGGCAUUUUCGUGUGUAAAACAACAAAAAGAAAACGUGGGAAUACAAUUCUCUUGAAGCGAAUACAA